AGCUCCAUUCAUAGGGCGGGUAGGCGGGUAGGCGAAACACAGGAGCGGCAGUACACCAUCAGCAACGGAGUGUGUGAGCCAAAUGAUGGUCUCUCACUAAAAAAAAACAAAAAAAAAAACAGGCCAGGUUAAGCAGCGCUAUCACUGUCAUCCGUUUCGAUAGCAGACAUAUUCUCAGCUCUAAUCGAAACCGUCGCUUCAGGAAUGGAAUUUGAAUGUCCUCACUGAAUUGGAGGUCCUCUCCUGAGCUGAGCUCGACCUGCCGCGGAAAUAGACUGACUUCCUAGUCGCCUGGUUCCUUUUACCCCUGCCGCAGAACGACCACUCUGCUCGGCUCGUUUCACCCAGGCUGUCCGCGGACUACCGGCUCUGGCAUCUGGACACAUCUAACCUGCUCCACCGUCAUUGUAGAUCCGCAAACGUGCCUGUGUGUGCUUUUGCUGCCUGUAUAAUGCCGACACAUUUGCGGUUCCGGAGAAGGUCAUUCCUUGGGCUUUUAUUCCUUUUCUCACUGUCCACCUCCGCAUUGUAUUUCAUCUACUCCGCCCCCGGUAUCGUGAAUGAGUAUGUGUUCAUGGUCCAAGCCAGAGGUAUCCAGAUCAGGGAGAACGUGAGGAACAUUGGGGUUCAGGUUCUUGAGCAGGUGGUGAGAGGGACUUAUAGCAUCAAUGGUACAGAUUAUUCAUAUGACUUCAACAUGAGUGAAAGUGAUGCUCCCCCCACCACGUACCUCCCUGAGGGCUUUACCUACCUCCCCUCACAGGUUUGCCCGGAAAAGCUGCCAUCUAUGAAGGGCAGAUUGGAGGUCAAUAUGAGUGAGGUAUCUCUAGAGGAAGUGGAGAGAUCCUUGCUGCAGAAAGAGCCUAAUGUGGAGCUUGGAGGCUACUGGAAGCCCAAAGACUGCUUACCUCGCUGGAAGGUGGCAAUCCUGGUCCCAUUCAGGAACCGACAUGAACACUUACCCAUCCUCCUGAGACACCUGGUGCCAGUGCUGCAAAAACAGAGACUCCAAUUUGCCUUUUAUGUCAUAGAGCAGGGGGGCAACGAGCCAUUUAACAGAGCCAUGUUAUUUAACGUGGGCUACAAGGAGGCUAUGAAGGACCUGGACUGGGACUGUCUGAUCUUUCAUGAUGUGGACCACCUCAUGGAGAAUGACAGAAACUACUACGGCUGCACCGAUAUGCCCCGGCACUUUGCAGUCAAACUUGACAAGUAUUCCUACAUGCUUCCAUAUAAUGAAUUCUUCGGAGGUGUCAGUGGCCUCACAGUGAAGCAGCUCAAAAAGAUUAAUGGAUUUCCUAAUGCGUUCUGGGGUUGGGGAGGAGAGGACGAUGACCUCUGGAACAGGGUGCAGUAUGCCAAUUACACAGUAAGUAGACCACACGGAGAACAGGGAAGGUACAAGUCUAUUCCACAUCACCAUCGUGGAGAAGUCCAAUUCCUGGGAAGGUAUAGUCUAUUGCGCCACUCAAAGGAGAGACAGAAAGUAGACGGUCUUAACAACCUCAACUACUCCCCUCUAGUGUCCAGGAGGCCGCUUUACACCAAUAUCACAGUCAACUUGAGCAGAAAGCUUGCACCCAUAGCUGACUACUAACGUAGAUACAGCUGGACUGCAAAAUCCACUGGGAAUCAAAGUCCUCUGGGACAUCAGCCAUAUCUCACCAGUUGCAGCACUGUUUAGGAUUUUGAGUUGUUUGAUUCUUUGCUUUAUUUCUUUUGUUUGUAUGCAAAAAAAAAAACCAACCAAAAAACAAAAAAAAAAGAAAAAAUGGAGACUCAAAUAAGUAUGUUGGAUAAAUCAUACAAGAAAAUAGGGAUCAAUGCUGCACUUGUUUGUGCCACAGUCCAUCACUCCUCUCAUUUGGGCUUAUCUACUCUUCAGUCUCCACAUGCCUUUUGCACCAUUUUGGCCUUCAGCAUCCAGUCAUUCUUCCAUUCCUUCAUUUUCUUAAUGAUCAGCUCAGUCCUACGCUUUUGUGCUUGUUUCUUAAAAUAUGCUCUCAUACACACAAACACACAUACCUUCAUGUGCAUGCAACGCAUGCACACACACACACACACACACACACACACACACACAUAACACUUUGACUUACAUGUGCUGACAUGGUCCCUGAGGCUUUGAUCUAUCUUUGCUCUUGCACUUCUUUUUUUCAUAAAUGCAGUAAACCUGUGAAAACAAUUGCAUGCACACACACACACACACAACAACCUAAAAAGAGUGGACUCUUGCAGCUGGUUCUGCAGAAGGUAUGCCAAAUAUAAGUGAUAAAAGCAAGAGAAAAUGAUACAGAGUGAGUGUUUUAUCCUUCUUAUAGAUGUGAAAUAGUUUAUCCUAAGUUUAGAGAAUAUUAAUAUCUUGAUUAUCUCUUACAACUAUAUUUUGUCUCGUGACCAUACCAUUUAAUGACUGUGAUGUCUAUGUUUGCAUAGCUGCAUUGGCUGUUCUGGCUGCCUGCAAGUGACUGUAUGUUGGAGAGCACUGCUCAUCCUGUUAGCAAUAAGCUGUAAUAUCAGACAGCAGAACUUAGCCCUGACUUCCUCACUAUACAGAUGCAAUAGCAUGGGUGCUAGCAUACCCCUAUUGGACUAGAGAGGAGUGAGUGUGUAUGCAAACUUCACAUCCAACACACCUUUGCCUAAGCAAACAUGCCAUCCUUUUCCAAACUAGUGUGUAUGUAUGUGUAUAUAUAAGUGAGGGAGAGCUAUGCAAAUGGCCUGUUGGUAUCCUGUUAUCAAUGCAAGGAGCCUUCACCCCUGAAAGUGUGACUGACUGACUUUAGGCCUCACUCUGUGUGUGGUGAGUAAAUCCAGGCCAGGGAGAGAUUAAAAAGAAGUUAUUUUUAGGUCCCACAUCCUUAAUGUUUACUCACCUUCUUUUUUACAGAAGAGAAUUGGAGGUAGAGAAUACUUGAUUGCUGUCACUGUCAUUGGUGUUUACAGAAGCUUUUGCUUUGUUGUUUUUCCAUUUGUCUCGUGUUUGUAAAAUUGUUAGCCAGCCCUCCUCUACUGUGGCUGCUGUGAAAACUCUUUACCAACUUAUCUAUGGCUGCCUUUAUUAUUUUUUAACUGACACUUCUGUAUCUAGACUUGGAUAGAGAAAUGCAGAUCUGAAUGCUUAUCUAAGACAUCAGGUGAUCAACCACUGAUUAGCUUUGUUAGCUUGUGGCCAGAUUUUGGCCAGUGGGUAUAAUUCAGACUUUGUGGUGUUGGUCUCAGUAGAAUUUUAGUUAGGUGGGCAUGCAGCCCAACACUGUGCAUCGACACAGACUAACAGCAUUCUGGCAGUACACAACAAUGUCCCUCUUUGAUUUGUGUGUUUGACAGUGUUGAUUUUGAGUAAAAUAUCCCAACACUGUAAACAUAGAUCCUUUGUAAAAACUUACACUCUCUCAUCUCCGUCUGUCCUCUAGUCAUGCAGCUACUUCAUUUCACACAAAUCGCCUUGUAUGCAUUUAUUAAGAUGUAUCUUUUGGGGGGAAAAUGGCUUGACUAAUUGUUGUGUUCCCACAAUGAAAUAAGAAGAGGCUGGACCUCGUUUUAUUUAUUUGAUCUUUUAUGGAUUAUUUUCUGUAAUUGUUCAAUUUUAUUUUUCUUGCGGUUGAUGUGAUGAUUUAGUAGGUGACAAAUGACAGACUGUGUUAGAUGCACUGAAACCUAUAGUUAUGUGUAUUUGUGUGGGGUUGUGAGGUUAAGGUCUGUGCAAAUAGGGAGCUGUUCCAUUUCAUUCAGAAACACUUUUCCUCUCGAAUCGCUGCUCUGAUGAAAUGGAGCAGGACCCGAAGCCUGAUGUGUAUUAAUCUGCUGAACAGACACGGAGGAGGCCAUUUUGUGUGACAACCACAGGAAGAGCAAGACACCUAAUCAGAAAAUGCUAGUAGUCACUGCCUUUCCCUGAGCAUCUACUGUACACUAAUUGAUAAUCAAUGGUGCUGACCUUCCAGAGCUCCCUUUGAGGGAAUCGCUCUUUACGUGCUUAAAGGACCUAAUCCUAACAUCACAAAAGCUACAAUCGAUGGCAAGAGCAUUUGAUUUUUAUGACACUUUGCAUUUGCAACCUGCAUGCAAGCGGCGUGUACAGUGUAUUCUGUGUUGGAUCCAUACAUUUGUAAACCUGUUGCCUUUUCAUCUUGCCAGGUGAAGCUAAGCUGUCUAUGUGCUGUUCUGGUUCAUUGUCACAAGCAAAAGCACGUGUUUACCUCCUAGCCAAUCACUCAGGAGGUGCCCAGGGGAAGUCAGGGACAGUAGCAGCAUUUAUGUUAGUUUUCUUUUCCAAGUGUGUUUGAGUGAAAUGGCUUGACCCUUCAGAGGUCGAACUGUCCUCCAUCUAGUUUUGAGGUUUUUGUUUUUAAUUGUGUUUUACAGCACUGAUAAGAACAUGGUUUAUAGUGACCUGGUUGUUAACAACUUGCAGGUUCUUUUUCUAGUUCUUGACACUCAUAUGGUAUACUGUAUAUUACGUAUUUUUAUUUUUCAUUGCUUUAAAUUAAAAGUUAGAUGGACACAUAGCAUAAGCCAAAUGGUUUUAGCAUGAGUGUUCAGGUGAUGAUCCUAACAAGGACCUCAGACGAGGCCCUCUGGGUGAUGUAGAUGGUCUUAGAGUUGGUAUUAGACUCUAAGCUCCAUAAUUUAGAUCAGGCAGCUUCAUCAGCUGACUCCUUCUUUUUCAAAACUGGGUUUUCUGUGGCUUCUAGAAACAGUAACAAGGGCAAACAAGGCAGCAUGUUUUUAUCUUAACAAAAAUGUUAAGAUAAAUGUUUUCUGUUAAUGAUAAGAGCAUGCUGGUACAUUGUGUCCCUGUUGUUAUAAAUACUAUAAAUGGUCUCAAUCCAGACCAAGGAUCAGGCCUGCUGCUCACUAAAUAGGCUUCAUUUUACCAUAGUCUCACCUGUUCUGAUCCAUUCUGUGCCAGUUUAAAUGACGGGGCUAUUUCUUUUGGCCUAUGAUAAAACUGGCAGCCUUAAAGCUUCUUAAUUUAUUGCAGUGUUUUUCACUCAAGUUUUUAUUUUUUUUAUAAGCAAAAAUAUUUAAAUUUUAAAAAGUGCAUAUCAAGAUGAAGAUCAUUGUAAAUAUUGUUGUGUGUAGUGUUUUAGAAAUUCUAUAAGGUCUUAAAUCACAACAGAUGCUAGCAUAAAGAACGAGGCUUUGGAGGGGUUUGACCCUGGAUUUAUCUGGUGCCAUUUAAGUGCUAGUGAGGCUUUUGCCACUACAUCAACGUUUUUCCAUCACCGCUUCCCGGCACAGCCGUUUUUUUUUUUUUGUUUGUUUGUUUUUUUUUUAUUAAAAACAUCCCUAUUCCAUAAAUUUUCAAUUCCUCGCCAUCUCUGAGGUGUUCUGCAUUCCAGAGGCCUCUUUGUGCUUAAUACGCUGUGGCAAUAGAAGAGAUGUAUCACGGCAUACGCAGGCAUCAGUUGUCAGAUGGGCCUCGGUGUCCUUGUUUCUGCCCAUUACAUCCCUUAGAUGGUGACAGCUCCAGACCAGCGCAAUUCACUCCAAAAUCUACACAGACAUAUCUUUUUUUUUUUUUUUUUUUUUUUUUUUUUU